AGCGAAACGGAUCAUUAUAUAGAAAUGGAUGGAGAGAGAUCAUGUGGAAUUCAAGAAUGGCCUAUUUUGAAAUAUAGGCCCGUAUUCCCUUUGAAUAUUCAUAAAGCCCAAUUGCCUUUUUUUUUGUUGUAAUUUUCUCAAAGCUUUUGUGCUACAGUAUCUUUACGGAGUACUCCGUUUUUUGUUCCGCAACUUCACUUCAGUUGCCGGCUCACCGCCGCCGCCGGUUGCCGCGGCUGAUAAGAAAUGCUGGAGGCGAAGAGCUUGAAGAAAGCGGCGGUUCCUUCGAGCCUAUUCGAGCACCCUUCUCCCGGAAACCUCCAGCCCACGCGUCUCGCCCUCCAUGUAAACGCUGGAGGCGAUGAAUCGUGCUGGGUAUAUAUUGCUUCCGGUUGUAGCAUUUACAAACUCCUUAUUUCAACGAAUAAUUCAGCAGUGAAUCUAGGGAAGCAGGACCUCCUAAUCCCUGAACAAACCGAGGUUCUGGAAUCUGCAAUUGUCAAUCGAUGCCCUCAUCGUUCCGAAAUACAAUCAAUAGUGCUUUCCGAAACUGAUAGCACUGCUUUCUCGGUUUUAGGAAGUGUAGACUCGUACGGUUAUGUUAUAGUUUCUAAAUUAAAAAUGUGUGGUGAAGAUGUAGAUAGGUCGACCUUUUCAAUCUCUCCUCGAGAUUGUGGUGUUGGAGAGGGUAGUUGGGCUGGUCUGUGCUUCAAUCGAACUCAGUGGUCCAUGGCAGCUGUUGCACACAGUUUUGGGAAGAGCAUUGAUGUGUAUGACCAAGAUAUUCAUCUUCGCAGUCUACGCGCAUUGUUGUAUCCAACUUCAUUGAUCUUCAUGCAAAAUUUGAAUGGUCAUGGUGAGAGCUCAAUGUUAGCCGUCACAGAAGGGUGCCAGCUUAGUAUAUGGGACAUACGAAUGAGAGAAAAAGGAGGGUGUGUCCAUAGAAUUUGUGGGUCAGUAGGGGACAUCUUAUAUGCAGUCUGUGAUUCCUCAAAUGGAACUAUUGCAGCAGGUGGAGCUGAUCGCACUGUUUCUGUUUAUGACCCUCGCAGAUGGUCAGCCCUGUCAAGAUGGAUGAACUGCUCUAAAUAUGAGAUAACAAGACUUGCCUUCUCCUCAGUUGAUUCAGAUUACAUUUAUGUACAAGGAGUUGAUUAUGAGGUUGCGUGUGGACAGUGGAGAGAUCGAAAGAAAGAGUUUUCGUUUAGAGGUGAUUCAAACUGGCUUGGCUUCAACAAGUGCGGCGACAAGGACCUUGUGGCGGGAUGGUGCGAUUCAGGGAGCGUGUUUCUGGCCGAUGCUGUCUCUAAGGAAGAACACAUUACAUGAUGUGGAGAAACAUGUGAGUUUUGUAGCUUCAAAUGUUGUGCCUUCAGCACUGCCAAGUGUUGUGUUAAUACUUCAAGUGAUAGUAAAACUACCCCAUUUCUUACUUUAUUGUACCCUCUAUUUUGAGAAAUUAGCUGCCGGGUAACUCAUAUUUUUAAAACAUUCUCCGGGGUACCUCCAAAUAUAUAUUAACUUACCUGUGAGAGACAUUCUGUUUCAUUCGAAAGCUUCGAUUGAACUAGAUAGAUCGUAUCCUUAAAAUAUAAGAACAAAGGUUAUUUUUGGAAUGCCAAACCCUUAUUUCUUAAAAUUAACGGCGUAACUAGUUUUGACGGAAAGUGGGACGGAAUGUCCCUCACGGGUAAGUUAAUAUAUAUUUGGAGGUAACUCAGAGUAUAUUUUAAAAGUGUGAGAUACCCGGUAGUUAGUUUUUCAAAAUAGAGAGUACUUUAGAGUAAAUUCGAAAAAUGUGA